AUGUUCCAAGACGUCAGACGCUUCAUCACCACCCGCUCUCGUUCUCGCAGCGACUCGCCCUCCUCACUCGUCUACACAACCACCAGCGUUAUCACUACACCAUCCUUCUUCACCAUCCCCGCACUUCCAAGGCCUUCGCGCCUUAAUCGGAUGCUCUCAAAGGCCAAACUAUCACCCACGUCAAAGGCUCAGACUGAAGUUAGAAAGUCAAAGUCUCACUUCCCCCUUGCGCCCUUCCCCGCCCGUCCUACCACCAUUACACUACUCCAUUACCUCCACCCACGUCGCGACCCUCACGAGACACUUGACUCACGUCUAUCCAACCAACCACCACUCCACACCUUCCUCGCAAACAUCUUCACCCAAUGUGCACCGUUGCUGCCUUACUGCAUCGUCAGCCACGCGCAGUACAUCGCCAACGUCUUUGUACAUAGCGCAUGGUCAACCUUCCUUCCUGACGAUGAUGAACUUCAUCAAGUGGAGACGAGGCGCGUAACAGGAGCUGCAGUCUGCCGAGAACACGGCAAGGCACUGUGGGAAGCCGGAGCCGGGGAAAUACCUGCUCCGGGGAGUCCUGCCCCAAAAAGGCAGGGAAUUCCGGGGAUUUUCAGUAGCCGGUAA